UACCGGCGUUAUGUGAUCGCAUCUUAAUGGGGCCGGAAUCCCUCUUCGGACAUAGUAAAGUUACUUAUUGAAGUUGUAAAAGUGGAUUCGUCGCAAUGGAGAAAUUUUAGGAAGAGAAAUUUCCAUUCAGAGAGCUAUGGCGGCUUUAUUAAAGAAGAGAGCGCUCGCCGAAUACUGCCAGACCGUAGUGGAAGAGCACCCUAGGCCGGCAAAGAGACUGCAGCUGGUCCGUCGUGCACGCACAGUUGACCACAGUGAAUUCAGCGUUGCUUUGCUGGACACAGCAGAGCCACAGAACUUGCUUCCAAUCCUCGUCAAUCUCCACCAUGCACUACCUGUUUCACUGGUUGUUCAGGAGAGAGAAGUGAAACUCUCCCCUGAGGUCUAUGACAGUGUCUGUCAAGCGCUGCACGAUGACUACCAGUGUGUGCGCGAAGUGGCUCUAAAUUUGAUUAAGCGUCGAGUGGGCCAAGGCGCCUCCCUCCUUGGAAUAGACCAGGUAUCUGAGAGGUUUUUGCUAGACCUUGACAAAAAGCUUUUGUCAAAUAUGAGGAGGAAACGAUCAGCUCAUGAAAGGGCACGGGCCAUGGUGGCUUCUGGAGAAUGGUCAUCUGGGAAGCGCUGGGCAGAUGAUGCCCCCAAAGAGCAAGUCGAGGCAGACUCAGUCUCUGUCAUCAAUACCGGUGCCUGUGGUGCUUUCGUCCACGGCUUGGAAGAUGAAUUUUUAGAGGUUCGUAAUGCAACGCUAGACUCUAUAUGUGCCUUAGCUCUCAAUAACUCACAGUUUGCCAACCAGUCUCUUGACUUCCUUGUUGAUAUGUUCAAUGACGAAAUUGAGGAAGUCCGACUGAAAGCUAUACAGGUGCUGCAGCAGAUAGCCUGUCACAUCACACUACGGUCGGACCAGCUAGGAGAGAUCCUGCAUGCGCUAAAGGACUCUUCCCUUGAUAUCCGAGAGUCCCUUCACACAUUCCUGGCCACCACCAUCCUCUCCACUAUGGACUGCAUCAAGCUCUGUGUCACAGGGCUCAUCGAUAACCUGCGGCGUUAUCCUCAGGACCGCCGCAGCAUCCACCGCUGUCUACGUAGAUUGGGUUCUAACCACCCCAUCCUCGUGGAGGCAUUGGUUCCACAAUUGUUAUUAAUUCAUCCUUAUUUUGAUGGAGUUGAACCCAGUGUGCAGGAUGGGGAGUAUAUUUGUAAGCUGAUUUUAGUCCUGAAUGCUGCUGUCCACUGCCCUACCAUAGUGCCUCUCUUGGAGCAACACACAUUACGUCAUUACGCCUACCUCAGAGACACUAUGCCACAGCUCGUUCCUGUGUUGAAGCUUGGUGAAGACUGGCAGCCAACAGGUGAAGCUGUAGCCACUAAUACACUGCGAUUCCUCCGUGAGUCUAUGGAGAAGGUGGCCAAUUUGGAGCGGUCGUCAACCCAGAUGCGCCAUCACCAUUUAUCAGAUUCUAUCUCCAGCAGCCCAUUUUGCUGCUCUCUAUACUCAGUGCAUGUGGUCUUCAAUAAGAUUCUCUCUACCAGAAACUGGCUCACACCAUCAUCACUGUCAGUGCAGCAGAGUGGUGCCUUGAAGAGCAAUGUUGACCAGCUCUUGAGGAACACCUUCCGCUUACGUCACGCUUUCACCAAUCUGAGUCCUCAAGCAGAGGCAAGCAUCAGAAACCUCCGGGUGCGCACGGCACUACAGCUUGUGUAUGUUGUACAUGGCUCCAGGUCAGCUCUAGGCCUGUGCGACAACUUCCUUGAACACACAGAAGCCUUACACAGAUACCUCACAGACGAGAAGUUAAGCGGUGACUCGUUCCUAGAAACUGUGUUCGAGGAGCUCAGCCAGCUGGAGGAACCAAGGCCAGGAGCUGUAGCAAGGAUCUUGCAGCCGCUGCUUAUUUCUCAUCCUGUUCCUGCUCUAUCCCCUAUUACAAAUCCCAGGGAGAUCCGGAUGUGUUCCGCAGAGAUCCUUGAGCCUCAGCCAGACAGUGAGGUCAUCUACAAACUUAGUGCAGGACUCGUUGUAGGGGUGCCUCUGGAUGCACGAAGUAUCCCACAUCCCAAAACCCAUCAACCUUGCGCAUCCGUUGUAGCUUAUCCAGAUCAUUCCACCCAUCUUGUUGUGCCACCAAAGAGUCACCUGCGAAAAGUUGGUCCAGGGACAUACCGUCUCUUGCCCACAGUGUUGGUGUCAGCACAAGUGUCAUGGUCGGAAGCUUGCCAAGUGGGACUGUCCUUGGUGUUGGACCUGAGUGACCAGGAAGUCUUGGCAGCCAGAAGACACUCUGUUGCCAAAGCAGAUGACUCUGCUACUACUAUACAACUUGUUAAGCGUCAAAGUGCUGUUUGGCCCAAGGUGAUUAGAAAAGGUGUUUACAAAUUUUCAGUGACUGCCAAAACCAUGUUACUGUGCAUUUUAUGGUCACUUCACAGCACAGACAUCUUUCCAAAAGAGGAAAUUACUCCUUUGAUUGUAGUGUCUCAUACUCAAAAUAAGGUCAUAGUUUUUAAGGCACAAAAUAAUGUUAAAAGGAGUAACUCCAUCCUCAGGAGCCCUAAUUUUAGAGCCGUGUCUGCAAGUGGAUAUGAAGACAUUUGUAGGGACAGUAUCAACCAUCAAUAUAUUCAACAUAUGAUUCUGAUCAUUGUUCCCAGAAAGACUAAUUUUAUAAGAUCUGUGCCCAAUAAAGUGUCUUCUACCAUGUCUUGUGUAUGGGAAAAGAACAAUACAUCACGCCAUGACGACUGUACAAAGUGUCUUCGGUCCCAAGACUCCUGGUCACUCAGGUCCAACACCAAGGACAGUCCCACUUGGCAAGCUUCCGACCAUGACACUUGUGCUGACACCAACACUGUGGUCAAGAGACGGUAUUCCUGGACCAACUUUUCGCAGGUGACUCUUUGGUGGCACAACAAGAUGGGUGGAAUCGAUCUGGAUAAGCUACACGGAUGCGCAAGCUGGCUGAGCUCCUCGAACACAGUUUCUAGGAACGAGUCACCGCUUAACUUCUCGUCUGUGAGGUAUCUGUGUAAGGCUUCUGUGUGUUCAAGGAAGUUGUCGCACAGGCCUAGAGCGACCCUGUGGAGCCAUGUACAACAUACACAAGCUGUAGUGCCAGUGUGCGCACCCGGAGGUUUCUGA